AGUCCAGCCAACUCCAAACGGAGUUAUCGGCCGGUGCUUAUUUGACUGGAAAGCAAGACUUAAAAGCCAAGCAAUCCAUCUGAAAGUCACAACUGAAAUAGUUUGCUAUAAGGAAGCUGCAAUGAAAAGACUAACAUUUUUCGCCCUCUUUGUGGUCGCAGCACAGGCCUUGCCUUUCAACAAUUACCAGUUCCAGCAUAGGAGCUUGCAAAAUCCAGUUUUUCGGCAACAAAGAUAUUUGUAUAAACCUUCCACACCAAACAUAGAACAAGAUCGACAAUUCCACGCGUUGAUUAACGUGAACAAUGGUGGAUUCUGCAGCGGAAUUCUGGUUGAUGCAGACAAAGUUCUCACCUCUGCACAAUGCGUAAAGGGUGGUUCUACUUUUGAGAUUCGUCUCAACCGGCGUGACUUGUACAAUGUGGACCCAAGUGAAAACGCUAACGAGACUAAUGCUUCGUCGUCCAACGCGAUCAUCCACCCUGAAUUCAUGCGCACCUUUGAAAAAGCUGUGAAUGAUUUGGCGCUGCUGGUGCUGGACACACCUGUUAGCAUUACCCCUGUGGCUGUAGGGGGUCAAUUUUUUUCAGACCCCUUGACUGAGUACAUAGAUGUCCCUUUGGUUGGCUAUGGGCUAAGCGAUGAUACAAAUUUUGACGGCAAAAGCAUGCAAGGCUAUCUCCAGUUGCAUUCCACACACUCGAAGCCGAUAAUUGAAUGCGUUGGUUAUAUACCAGCAAUAGAUAUGUCAGGGAAGCAUAUGUGCGCAGAACCUGCUGGCCUCAGCUCCUGCUUUGGCGAUCCUGGUUCCCCUUUGCUUCAGUACAGUUCAUCAGAACCAGGAUUUGAAGUGAUUGGAAUUGCUAGUUUCGGUUCCCAAACGCUGUGUGAUCUUUAUGGCAUCACAGUUUUCACUUAUGUUAGAAGUUAUCAUGAUUGGCUGGCUGCAAACGGAGUUCCGAUCACAGGAAAAAAAGUGUGCCAGGAUGGGACCAGCCGGCUUAUUCCGGCCCCUGUUUAGGCCUGUUUUUUUCCGGAAAAAACCCGGCUUUUUCCGCACAAGAAACAAUACUUGAUACUAUAAGCUAUAAUUGUAUUUUACCUGAUUUUAAAUAAAAACU